AUGUAUCGGAAGUUGUCUAAGUUAGAACACUCGGAAAUAAAACAACUUCUUACAGAAGCUAACAUAGAUGUUGCAAAGCAUUACGCAACAAACAAAAAAGCACUCGCUGACAUCCUCAAUGACUAUGAUGGUACAAUAAGUUAUGAUAGAAUUCAUGAGUUCAUUAAUAACAAAACAUUUCCUUUAAAUGACGUUGCUAUUGACUUAUAUCAUAGACGUUCAGUACCUCAUGAAGUAAGAAGAGAAAUGUUUGACAUAACAAAUGCAAACGUUGGUGAAACACGAAAGAGAGACGACACACUGAAACAACAGAGAAGAGAGAUGUUUAAGAGCGCUAUAGAACAAGUUCGCAAAGCUAACGAUGUCCUUCGUUCCAUUGACGACAAACCAAAAGAAGGUGAGAGAUGGUUAAAGAAAGAUGAAGAGAAUAGGAAGAGGAAUGUUAAGACAGGCAAUAGACUCAUUGACUUUAACAUCGAAGCUUUAGAUGAACCAAACAGAGACUACUUACACAAACAUUUCGGUAAGGUUUUCAUGAGACUCUUAGAGAAAAUUAAAAUAAACUCACAACAGAGAUGGAUGGUAUGUUAUAAACUUGGUGGAAAGUAUGAAUGUUCUACGUUAAACCUCAAUAAUAUUGGAACAUUACUACAUCAGCUCUUGAAGGAGAACUUUAUAUCAGAGAUAGAAGCAAAUGCUGCAGGUAUUGUUGAAAUGCACUAUGACUUCUUCUUGACAAACAUAAAGAAUCUUACCGAAAUAAAGAUGUAUGAUUUAACAGAAUAUGAAGGCUUAACAAUGUCAGAUGUUAAGAAAGGAAAGCCACAGAAGCGACCAUAUAGAGAUGAAAGCACACUGACAGAAAGACAGAAAAGAUUAUUGAACAGACUUAAACAAACAGGAGAUAAACAAGAUAUAGAUGACUUCUGGAAUGAAAUCCUUGGUGAAAAGAAGUUUUAUAAGAAGAGAAGCGGUCAGUUCUGGAAGUAUCUUUGCACAUUACCUAUAAAUCUUGAACGCUACUAA